UUCUUCUCUUCGACGGCUUCCACACACUCGCCGGUCGCCGCCCUCCCCGCUCCCUUCCCGUCCGCCGUCCGAGUGGGGUUGCCUCCUCCAUACCGGCUAGGGCAGGACACCCAACGCGCCACCUUGUACGGCCUCUGCCUGGUUUGACGAAACCCCAGAAGCUUCCGGCGCUCGCGCUAGCCUCGUUCUCCCCCAAGCACUGUUUCGCCGCCGUUCGAUAGCCGAGGCCAGACGCGGAUAAGUCUCUCUCGGAGAUGUCGGUGCUCAUCGUCACCAGCGUGGGCGACAUCGAGGUGGAUCUCCACACCGACCGGUGCCCCCUCACCACCAAGAACUUCCUCAAGCUCUGCAAAAUGAAGUACUACAAUGGGUGUUUGUUCCACAAGGUGGAGAAGGAUUUCUUGGCACAAACUGGCGAUCCAACUGGAACUGGCACCGCUGGCGAUUCUGUAUACAAAUAUCUCUAUGGUGAUCAAGCUCGAUUUUUUGAUGAUGAGAUCCGUCCAGAGUUAAGGCAUUCAAAAACUGGAACUGUUGCUAUGGCCAGUGCUGGUGAAAACUGCAAUGCCUCGCAGUUCUACAUUACCUUGCGGGAUGAUGUGGAUUACCUUGAUGAUAAACAUACUGUGUUUGGGAUGGUUGCUGAAGGUUUUGAUACGCUGACAAAAAUAAAUGAAGCUUAUGUUGAUGAUAAAGGAAGACCAUUCAAGGACAUAAGAAUUAAGCAUACAUAUGUCUUGGAUGAUCCUUUUGAUGAUCCUCCUCAGCUUGCUGAACUUAUUCCUGAGAAUUCUCCUACGGGAAAGCCACGUGAUGAGGUUGCAGAAGAGCGUUUAGAGGAUACUUGGGUUCCUUUGGACCAAACAGUGGACCCUGAACAACUUGAGGAGAUGAUCCGCUCUAAAGAGGCACACACAAAUGCAGUAAUUCUUGAGAGUUUGGCAGAUAUUCCAGAUGCUGAGAUUAAACCGCCAGAAAAUGUCUUAUUUGUUUGUAAACUCAACCCAGUAACACAGGAUGAAGAUUUAUAUACAAUAUUUUCUCGUUUUGGAACUGUGACAUCUGCUGAAAUAAUUCGUGACUACAAGACUGGAGAUAGUUUAUGCUAUGCUUUUAUUGAAUUCGAUACAAAGGAGGCUUGUGAGCGUGCAUAUUUCAAGAUGGACAAUUGUCUGAUUGAUGACCGAAGGAUCCAUGUUGAUUUUAGUCAGAGUGUUUCGAAGCUGUGGGGUCAGUUCAGACAAAGCAAAAGAAAUGCAAAGAAAGAUGGGUGUUUUAAGUGUGGCGCCCCUGAUCACUUAGCCAGAGACUGCGAUCAAGAUGGCGAGCAGAAAAACAAAGGCCCAAAUUAUGUUCUAAAAGAUGAAAACACGCAGCGUGGUGGAAAUCACCGUCGAAGCUAUGAUCUAGUCUUUGACGAAGAUGAAGAUGAAGCUGAUUAUUCUGAUAAGAGAGAUCACGAAAAUGGCCACAGAAGAAAGAAUCGAAGAAUAGAUGAUCAAAAAUCAGAGCUGCCGCCUCGCGGUGAUCGUGAAAGAAAUAGCCACGAGAGAACACGCAGUGAUGAGAAAGGAAGCAGGCAUGGGAAAGAUGAUAGGAACCAAGGGGGUCGGAAACAUGAUGGCUACCACAGUUACAGUAGAUCCAGUGAUAGAAGCUCUGGUAGAUAUGAUGAUCGUGAUUAUAGCAAGCACUCUAAUAGAAGCAGAAGUGGGGAGGUAGAGGAAGGCAGACGAAGCGAUAAAUCUGAUGGCGAGCGGCGCCAUAGAGAUGAUGCCUACGAGAAGAGCGAACACCACCGGAGAGAUGAAAUCAGCCACAGGAAAAGGAGCCCAGAUAGUAGACAUAGAAGAGAAGACCGAGCACACCAUGUGAAAAAACAGCAGUCUGAUGAUAGGUCCUACAAGGAGAGAAGGCACAGAGAUGGUAGAUAAGAUAGGUUUCUGUAUGACACUCGGUUUUGUUGUCUGCUUUUCACUGAUGUCCCUAUAAGCUUGUAUUCUUAGCUCAACUUUUUUUGAAGUCAAUGUAAACUGCCUGGAAUGUGUUGAAUUGUUGUAGUGUCCAGAUCUGCAUCUUUUCUGUGUGUUUACAGCUUUUGCUGGAUAAUUUGUUGCAAUAAAGAAAAAAUUGCUAAUUUUGAC